AUGUCUUUCGAGUACUACGUGAAUUGGUGGAUAACAGCCAGGAAUAAAUUUGAAGAUUUAUACCAAAGAGACGAACAAUGGCGCCAAAAAAAGAAACCGAUCAAGGACAGGAAAUUGGCAAAUAAACUAUUAGGCGGCUUCUACGCGAAGUAUUCCAUGUUGGUGCAAGAGUUAGACGCGUGCUUGGAUCAAAUUGCCCAUCCUCAGAAACGUAUAACAAUGAGAAAACUAAUGGAUGCGGCUACGAUCAGAUUAUGUGAAUUCAAUACUGAACUUAGAAAUGUUGACUUUUCUGAGUAUCACUACAUCGACGAUACUCUAGUGGAACUAAAAUUAGUACCUUACGAUGUAGAAAUACUACACCCAGCUUUAUUCUACCCCAGACCUUUGACUAUUGAAGAUAUGUGGGAUAGGAUUAAAAAAGGAGAAAAGAUUUAUAUUCCGCCUGAACCCAUAGUGGAAGUGGAAAAACCACCAGAUGAAAAUGCACAGGGACAAGGAGAUGGACAACCAGCUGAAGAUAAAACUGAAGAUAAACCAAAAGAAGAACUUUCACAAGAAAAAUCGGAGAAGAAAGAACGCAAGCAAAAGAAAGGAACUAGACCGAAGCAACAAUUCGUCGCAGAAGAGAAACAACUAAGUGCUGAAGAACAGGCGGAAAUACAAAGAAAAUUACUGGUAACAGAAACAGUAAAAACAAUACAGAACGCAGAAAGGGGACGACAAUCACGUCUCUACUUUUCUGAGAGAUUGUCCAUAUUGAAACAAAGAAAAAAGAUAGCUGAAACCAAAAUAGUCCCCAAACCACCAGAACCAGAAAUUGCGAACAGUGUCGCAAUGAAAAUACAGACUGUUUGGAGAGGACACGCAGUUCGCCAAUCGCUUCAAAGACGAGAAGCUGAUAGAAGACUACUUAUAGGAAUGACUGAACCAAGCUGGAGAUCUAAAGAGGAAUUCGAAAUAUUAGAGCGAAAUUUAAAUAAAAGACGGGCGUACAGAGACCAACGCAUUAGAGAGUACAUCGAAGCUAUAGAUAAGGAAAAAUCUCGGGUCCUCAGAGUUGUAGGCCCUGGGCUGGCUGAAGAUAUAGGGGAUGAAAUUAGAGAAUGGUUCUAUCAGUGGUACAUUAAAGCUAAUGCCUUCGACAAAUACCCACCGGAAGUGAAAGGUGGGACGAUUUUAGUGGUACGAGGUGAAACGAUGACUCCAGAAGAAUACUUAAGAGACUUUGAGAAAAAACAGAAAGAAAAAGCCAAAGAUAAAGGAAAAGAAAAGGAAGCAGCGAAGAAGGAAAAGGAAAAGAAGCUGGCGGAAGCCAAGAAGAAAAAAGAACUUGAAAAGAAGAAAAAAGAAGCAGAAGCGAAGAUGAAAAAGAAGAAGAAAGUAUCUGACUUUGAGUACGAAUAUACCGACACCCUUGCCAAGCCUCUGUAUGACGCGGGACAAUUGGAGUUGAAGGAAAUAUGGGAUCAAAGAAACGAUUUUGAGAAUCCUUUAGAAAAACAUUACAUGGACCUCAUAACUGACAAUGAAUGUUAUUUGUUGCAAUUAGAAGUAAGGAGAGUUGUGGAUGAAUUAAUGGUGCUUGAACUGGAUCUGCUAGUGGAGGCUUUGGAAAAAGACAAAGCAAGACUGAAAGGCAAAAAGUACAAAAAGAAGAAAGGCAAAAAGAAGAAGGGCAAGAAAAAGAAAAAAGGUAAAAAGGAUCCGACGGGCAAUAGAACCAUAGAGGACUUAUUCCAAGAAUUGUUUGAUUGUGGAAUAAUACGAACGUAUCCUGAAGCAAAGCUGACUGACUAUAAAGGCGAUUUCAGUUAUAAGAACUGGAACGUGAGAGCCAUGAAAUUUGACCCACCUGCCACUCUGCUGGAUGUCCGGCAGGCAGUUAUAAUGAAUUGCAUUAUGCCUUUAGGAGUGGAAGUUAUGAAGAGGCCGAGGUCUGUAUUGAUUUGUGGACCACGACAGACCGGAAAACAUCUACUAGCAAACGCUAUAUUUAACGAAACUAAAUGUGUAUUAUUCGACCUAUCCCCAGAAGUUACAGCCGGUAAAUACCCAGGAGUCAAGGGAAUGAAAAUGCUUAUCCAUCUAGUAAGCAAAAUGUCUCGACUACUUGCUCCGUCCAUUAUCUACUUUGAAGCAGCGGAGAAAAUAUUUUACAAAAAAGUGCCUAAGGAGGAGAAAGAGUUAGACCCAAAGAGGAUUGGUAAAAAGUUGUUCAAAGGAAUUAUUAAAGCUAUCGCUCCAGCAGAUAGGGUAUUGGUGUUGGGUAUAACAGGGAAGCCAUGGGCGGCCCAGGCAGCGAAACUGAAGAAGACUUUCGAGAGGAACAUCUUGAUACCGCGUCCAGACUAUGGAAGCCUUUACGUCUAUUGGAGAGAACUCUUGAUGCCUUACCAUGCUAUUGACAGAGAAAUAAACGUCACCAGCUUGGCGACAGUUACCGUCAACUAUCCUCUUCCUGUCAUAAAAGACGUCAUUCAAAGGAUUAUGACUCCCAGGAGGAUCAUUCAGCUGAAGUAUAACCCCUUGAGGCCUAAAGAAGUCUUUGAGGUUUUGGUCUCAGAGGGUUUAGAACCCAUCAGUGAUAAAGAGUUUAGCAAGUUCUUGAAGUGGUACUACAAGACUCCCUUAGGCAAGGACAGAGCUGCCUUUAAUAAAUAUGAGGAAGAUCUUAGAGAGGUCGAGAAACAGGCGAAGGAAAAAGCUGAGAAGUCUAAGAAAUAG